ACCUCUUGAGCGUAUACCCAUGGAUCUCCGAAAGCUGUCAUGGUUAACAAUCUGUUUGCCAUGGCUAGUGACGGCAACAGGGCUUCCUCGUAGCGCCUCAACAGAGUCUCUUGUUGCGGAGUGCAACUUCGUGCUAGGCGGCCUUUAUUUCGACCUGUGCCCUAUUAUCAGAGCGCCUACCAGAACCCUUCAUUCGAGCAACAGGCAGUAUGAGUUCGACUUGGGAGAACGAAUCAGGGAAAUUUCCAAUGACAAGAGACAUGACUGCCCCGAUGGCACCUGGAUUUGCAUGACCGGUAACGACCAGAUAACUUUCAUCUCACGUAUCACCACUAAAACACGUAUUUGCCCUGAUCCAUUGUUUAGAGAACGAGGAUCCCUUACAUGCCGUCCCCAUAGCAAGGAGAGACGAUACCCACGGCGCAGUCGCUUCGGGAUCUGAGACUAAACCUGUC